UUAUUAUUAUUGCACAGGAUAGAUAGCACACAUGUAAAAACAAAUAAAAAAAUGUCUGGGAUGCUUCUACUGUACAUGUUAUGCAUUCUACUAAGUAUUGACAUCACGACAGCUGACGAAGGAGAACAUAGAGUGAAAAGUGUUGAUCGUUUUAUUAGUAACUCUGAGACAGACAUAGUUAAUUUUGAGGGAAAUUGUGCAGGAAGAUUAUGUGAAAACAUUGGUGGGUUUAUGUUGCAAGGGAAAUGUCAAUGUCGAUGCAGUAGUGGUAAAGUGUUCAUAAUAUCACGGAAAGUAUGUGAAACAGAAAAGAACAUUAAUGAAAACUAUAUAAUUUCUAAAAACACAGACGCGGAUGAAUAUCAAAAAAUAUCGAAAGCUAGCUCUUAUCAACUUCAAAACGGACUGUAUAUAAAACAUUGUACUGAUAAUAAAUGUCAGCUCGUUUCGUCGUGUGAAAUUGAUCUGGAAAAAUCAGUUUUCGAUGGCAAAACCUGGCAAAGGUUAUGGUUGCAGCAGAAAGAUGUUACGUUAAAAGUUUAUACCGUCAACAGUCACAUUAAAAUUAAGUUCGUGAAAAACAUUAAAAACACAAAUAUGUACAAUGGUUUGCUACUAAAGAUUGGAUUAACAUGUACAGUGAUGGAUGGAGAAAAAGUAGAGUCGUUUGUUGUCUUUGAAGUAACUGGAAGUUUUCUAGUGUCUAUCAUCGGGAAAAAUCCGACAGUCGUAGCUCCAACAAGAACAACUUUGACGUCGAAGCUGAAAACUGUACAUGUUUUUACUUUGUCAGGUGUAUUUCCAACGACAUCACACGGAAACGUAACUACAGAUCAACAGGCGGAUUCUAAGAAGAAAAGCAUGGAGGUGUUAAUCGUUGCCGUCGUUUUAGCCAUAUUUCUAAUAAUAUCUUGCGUUUUGUUGGUCUGCAUGUUUCGAAGAUGGCGCGAGGCUAAACAGCAAACUAAUAGACAUAACUCAGAACCACAAUUUUCAUUUGAACCCACCACGCCAGUAUUUUUAGUUCCAAAUGAUGGUAGUAAGAAACUACCCGCUGGAGAGGAGGACAAAUUGAGAGAGCCAGCGAUAAAUGUCAGAUCUCCACCGGAGGAGAAAAAAAAGGACAGUUCAAUACGACAGUUAUAUGCAAGCAUUGAUAAAUUCUUUAAACUUUCAAAGAAGCGGAAGUCAAACGGAAGUUUAGACGAAGGUUACACAACAGAUGAUAACUACGACUACCGACGAUUUGCGGCGUUUCCAAAGGAAUUGUACGACGAACCAGGUAGCGUUAUAUCAAGCAGUGAUGAACCCGAUUACAAGAUUCCCGAGGAUUUCGUUGCAAAUGAUACGGUCAUCGUGAACGUUAACAACGAAUACUUAGUUCCUAAAAUCCCCGACAAUGCGAACCAAGUGGUGUAUUUAACACCAGAACCACAUUACGACCAAGUUGGUCAGAGAAUACCGAAAAACGAAAGUCCAUAUUAUAAUGUUACUAAAAACGAAAACAAUUACUCGCAAGUAGUCGUACGCGACGAGUCAGUAAAAAAAUUGGAAUGCCCAUUCGCAGCUCCCGGGGGUCAAUUAUUAACAAGGAAUACAAAACUCCCUGACUAUAGAAAGGACGAAGAGAAUACAGUUCAUCCUUAUGAUAAAGUUGGUAGAGUAAUGUCAACCAGGAGUAAAGCGGAGAAUGGUGCCGAAAAUGAUCCGAAAGUAAAUCCGUAUGACGAAAUUGGGAGAGUGAUGUCCACAAAAGCCAAACUAAAUGAUAACUUGGAGGUUCGCUCAGACGAUGUUAAAACAGUGAAUCCUUACGAUCAAGUUGGACGUGUCAUGUCUACUAAACCUAAACUAUCUAAAAAAGAAAACUUAAAAACUGUAUCCGAGGAGGAGACCGUUCAUCCCUACGAUGAAGUUGGUACUUUAUUAUGCGAUAAAAUAAAACUCCACCGUAAAAACGAAGUUGAUGAUAAGUACUUAACUAUGACAGGAGAUGUAAACCCCUACGAUGAAGUGGGUGAUGUAAUUUCGGAUAAAGACUGUGCCGAAAAUGAUCCCGAGUAUGACGAACCAGCUGAAACUGAAAAUCCGAUAGAAUACGAUCAGCCUGAGAACAUUAUAGAUCGAAAAAGUAUAAAAGAAGAAAAAUCGAUUAAAAAACCGACUCGAAAACCACCAAAGCCACCAAGACCUGCUAGUUUUGAGGUCGUUGUAAACAGACAUGUUGGUGAUGACGAAGUAGACGUCUGACGCACGUACCUUGAUAUAAUUACAUCGGAUCAAGCGUAAUUAGAUGUGGUAUAUGUGACCAUAGCAAGAUGGUAGAUUACUUGUUGUUUACCAUUUUUAUCGACGAUGCAAGAUACACAGUUACUUGGGCUUGAAAUGGAGAACAGAUACCAUAUAAACUUGAUUACCUCGAAUUGUAGCUAGUUAAACAAACGUCAUUCAUAGCGCAUCAAAUUCUGUUCGUAUAUUUUUAUGAAGAAACAAUCAAUUUCUUUUUCAGAAGAAAAAAGACUGAACCAAAAUUGAACGACUAAAAAGUAAAAAAGUAUAUUUUUGCUUUGCUUCUUUGAAAAUGAUUCAUCAUUUUGAAGAUGGUGGUGUUUGUUUUUUCAUCAACUUAUUUUUAUAGACCUUUCAGAAAUUAUUUUCUCCUUCCGUAAAAAGAAUUUUGUAUUUCAAUUUUUGUAAUAUUUUACAAUUUAUUCAUCAGUCUGUAUUUAUUCAGAGGUCUGAAAAAGAGAGUAUCUAUAGUUUGUAUUUAUACGUUGAAAAUAAUUUUAAAUCGGUCAAUUCUUGAUGUUCCUUUAUGUUAAUAAAUGUUUAUUGACAGUCCAUACGCUGAUAAUUUCAUUUCAGGAAACAAACAAU